GCAUUUCAUUUUAGCUCGAGCUGUUCGGAAAACAGUUGCUGCAAACUGCAGGCAGAGGAGAACCUCACACAGGAAGCAUUCCCGCCGCCGCGGAUCUCCCACGCUACCCAGAGCGAGCCCUGUGCUCUGCACAACGCCCGAGCAGCGGCGGCUCAGUAACCCCGGGCACGAUCCGCUCCAGCAAGAUCAGAUUGCAGCCCUGCCUUUGGAGCUUUACACCACACCCCUUCAACGUGAGUUAAUAGGGGAGGAUCAUAUCCAGCUCUGAUUCAGGAAUUCCCUCUUUCUUCCAGAACUGUUGCUAGGAGCUUGGGAAGAUGAAAGGAAGAAAAAAGGGACAUUCCUUAUCUUCACCCUUUAUCUUGCUGUUCUUCUGUAUCUCUGGGCACACAAUUGCUGAGCUGGAUGGCAGCAAAGAAGAGCUGGUUCUGGGUGCUGCUUUGCCACCACUGAAGCUCGUGCACUCAUUCUGUGCCAUGAAAGCAGACGAAGGUCCAUGCAAAGCCAUCCACAUCCGCUAUUUCUUCAACAUUAAAAGCCGCAAGUGUGAGGUGUUUGAAUAUGGUGGAUGCCAUGGCAACGAGAACAACUUCCUAACGCUGGAGGAAUGCCAGGAGAAGUGUGUGGUAACAGACUUGUCUCCGAAGAGGACAUUAGCAAAAAUUAAGAAAGCAUUGUUUCUAGGAAAGCCUGACUUCUGCUUCCAUGCCCAAGAGCCGGGGGUCUGCCGAGGUUAUUUUACCAGGUACUUCUACAACAAAGACACAAAACUGUGUGAAGCAUUUAAGUAUGGUGGGUGCCUAGGAAACCAGAACAACUUCAGGAGUUUGGAGGAGUGCCAGACUACCUGCCAAGACAACUCAAAUUUAUUGCCAACUGUCACAGCAGAAGAGCAUCCCAACACUGUGAACAGCAGUUCCCCAGCAGAGGAGCAUCCCAACACCAUGAACAGCAGUUCCCCAGCAGAGGAGCAUCCCAACACUGUGAACAGCAGUUCCCCAGCAGAGGAGCAUCCCAACACUGUGAACAGCAGUUCUCCUGCAGAAGAACCCAGCCAGUCUCCUGGGAUUUUUGUUAAUUUGCUGCCAGCUGCUCCAAAAGAGAAGUCCAACACCUUGAACAGUAGUUCCCCAAAGGAGGACCCCAACCAGUUCCCCAUUUUUUUUGGACCUUCUAUCCCUUCUUUGUGCAUGACCCCUAUGGACAGAGGACUUUGCAGAGCCAAGGAGUUGAGAUUUUUCUACAAUUACUCGACUGGAAGGUGUCGCCCAUUCAGCUACAGCGGUUGUGGUGGGAAUGAGAAUAAUUUCAUCUCCAGAAAGUCGUGUUUGAGGAUCUGCAAGAAAGGUAUGGGAAGUGAUACUGCCCCCGGCUAUCACGAAGAGGAUUCAAUAAGAAAAAAGGUGAAAGAAGAUUAAUAAAAAUCAAGAAAAAAAGAAAGAAACAGCCAGUAAAGGCUCUGAGCGUGGAAAUCAUCCCUGAAAGAAUGCAACUUUGAUUUUUAUGGAAAUGUGAAGUAAACUGCUCUUCACCUGUGAAUGAAAACCUUCAGUGUACACCAUUAAAAUAUAUUUACUGUACUGAUUAUUUUGAUUAUACAUUACUAAGCUGCUUAUAUUUUUAUUAUGUAUUCCUCAAUCAUGUUAAUAAACAUUACCUUUUACUUUGUUAAAGGCUAUUAAA